AUGGGUUCCCGCCAACGCAGAGAUUUGGUUGCAAGACGAAGGCGGGUUGAGGACGAAGGCGAUGAUGAAGGAGCUCAAGAUAUUGCUGAACUUGAUGAUGACUCUUUGUCAGAAGGCUCGAUAAUUAGUGAGGAUGAAGAUAUUCACGAGGGCGACGAACCUAUCGAUGGCGGCAUUGCAAAUAAUGAGACGUCCGAGUCGAACAAGAUGAACGGGAAUGGAUCUAAGCUGAAUGGCGGACAAACAAAAGCUAGCAAUGGUACUACUGAAGCUUCAAAGUUCAUAAAUGGUGCCAAUGAUAUGGAAAUGAUGGUUAACGGACCCAAAAGCUCUGAACCGGUACAAACAGUACAAUUUGAAGACUUUCGAGAAGACGAGACCAAAGACACCCCUUCACCGGUUAUCGUCACAUCUACUGCUCAAAUGGAUCGACAACAAGAACAGCCUCAUGAAAGACGGAGGAGAGAACAUGAAGAAUACAAGAAAAAGAGAGAUGCGGAUCCAGCGUUUGUGCCAAAUAGAGGAGCAUUCUUUAUGCAUGACCAUCGUCAUGCUGGUCCUGCGGCGAAUGGUUUUAGGCCAUUUGGCAGGGGCAGAGGUGGUCGGGGUCGGCCCGGUAUUGGAGGGCCAUAUGCACCUAUCAAUCACAUUUCACAACCUCUAGAACCCACCGAUGUUCAAUGGGCACACGACAUGCACGAAGUAAUAACUGAACCCGUACCAAUAUCUACAAAUGGAGCUUUGAAUGGAUCCCAAAGAUCAGCUCCAGCUCCAAAAUCCGCACCUCUCAAUCGAUCACUUUCCACUACGAAGCAUAUUGGAAAUGUACAAAUCCGUGUGUUCUUUGGAGAUAUGGAAAACCCUGUAUUAUUUCCUGGAAUUCCAGUGAAGCAAUAUACGCGUCUACCUGAUCAUCGACCACCACUUCGUCGAGAUAAACCUGUUCGAAUGUCCUUACCUGACCAUCCACCACGUUACAUAUUCCCUGCUGUCGAUAGGUCAUUCAUAUUCAUCCCAAGAGCUAUGCGACCUAAUCAACAAGGGUUUGGUGGACGUGGCAGAGGCAGAGCUGGUCUUGGAUCCGUCGGUGGUUAUUCGAGACGUACAAGCGUUUUUGGUGGUAGCGUUUACGGAAGUACUCACACUCCAAGCGUUGCCAUGAGUCGUCGUUCGUCCCUUGCACGAGAGGUCAAUCGAGAAAACCUUGUUUCACCCAGUGGAUCAACAAUGUCUAGGCCACAAAUCUCGAUGGAUUCAUCAAGGCCUGUGGUAAAAUUACCGCCAUCAAGCCAAGCUGCACAACCUCAACAAUUUCAGGCACCUGAGUCUGGAGUAGCUAAUGGAUCUUCACAAGUCUCUUCUCUCGACAAUGUUCCACAACCUCAAACCUAUCCUCUCCCCCAGAAGCCAACCCUUCGGGAAAAUCGUCCAAAUACAAUUCCAAUGCAUCAACCUCGACCUCAGAAGACCGUCUCUGUGGCCGACAUUGAAUCACCCGCAUCCAUGUCAUUCAAUCCUCCCCAGCAAAGCCAACAGCCAUUUCAUCAACAAGUUCCCAUUCAAAUCAAUGGAAACAGUUAUUCGCAUGAUAACGUUCAACAUUCCCGUCAACCAUCCUAUCCAAGUCAAGCUUCAACUGGUACACCAUUAUCACAAAUUCCAGAAAGAGCUAUCCACGCACCAGCUUUCCAACCCAACCCUUAUCAACAACCAGCCUCCAACUACUACCCACAAACUUACCCCGUUUUGCAGCCCCCACAAGGAUAUUACUACCCUCAAACCUUUAAUGCACCCAUGGCCUCAACAGUUGGUACGACUCCUUUUGUACCCGCACAACAGCAGCCACAACAAACAUAUAAUCCACCUGCACCUCAAUCCGCUGAAGCUUCGACUUCACAAGCACCUCAAAAUUUGGUUGCUCAAGAAGUCAAUGGAAUGGUGUAUUAUUAUGAUGCUGCGCAAAUUCCGGCUGUUCCAAGUUUUCCAGCCGGCUAUCAACAACCUCAACAAUAUCCUAUGCAACAAGUAGGAGGUGUAGUAGGAAUGGGUGGUAUGAUGACACCAAGUCCGGAUGGUUUCUACUAUCCGCAGCAACAAGGUGUGGUGUAUUACACACAAUAA